AUGGUUCUCCUCAACCCCUCUGCCCCAACCUUCACUCUCGGUGUCAAUCGUUCGGGCUCCGCCGACUCGACUGAAGCAUCGAAGUCUCCGUGUUCCACGUCGUCCUUCGCGUCCGACAGCGAUUUUCUCGCCUUCCCUCGCGGCAUGAAGGUUCAUCCUCUGGUUCCUCCCAACACUCCGGAAUGUGAGCAGGUGGAUGUUGUCGAGCUUGGCGUCAACAAGCAUCUUGCGACGCGUCUCGGUGACGGUUGGAAGACCACCUUCCCUGCGUCUGCUGGGCCCGGCGUGAAGUCAAAGCACCUCGAUGUUCCUCUCAACAAAGAUCGCUCCUUCAUUCCCGCCCACCGCUCCAGAUCUCCCAGUCUUCCUGGUCUCCUCCCUUCUGACGAGGCUCGUAACAGCUCUCGCCCACCCCGCGACCUCUCUUUCUUGUUCCAGCGCCUUGCGACUUCCUCCCAGGUCAACGGCGUUCCCUUGGGUCUCAAGGAAGACACCAGCUUCGACCCAUUCGACGACGGUAUCGGCUAUUCCCCCACCGCUGAGCAGUACAGCUACGCCCCCAUGACCAAUUCCCAGCGCCUCGCUGCGUUUGGUCAACCGAACCCGCCCGUUGUUCCUGUUCUCGCCUAUCCUACUCACUCGGACGGCAGCCAUGACAUCCUCACGGCCGGCGAUAUUGGAGAAGGACGCAACGUUUACUUGCCCGACUUGCACUCGACUGUUUCGGAAGAGCAGCUGAAGCAGUGGGGCCAGAAGUUCGGCCGUGUUGUUUCAUUCAAGGUCGAGAACAAUGGUUGCUUGUCUCAAGACACCUACGACAUGCUUCCGGACGGCGGCAGCCCGGGCUCGCGCAGGUUCGACACGCGCCUCGCCGCCGACGGCUUCAUGGGUGAGGCACAGCGUCUCGGUCUCGACUGCCAGCACGGCAAGGAGACUCCUCACCUCAAACAGAAGGCCUUGGAAGACCCUCACUCAAGCAAUCUCUACGUGGCUGAGAUCCCCCUCGAUGCGACUGAUGAGGAAAUGCGCGAGCUCUUCCACCCCGGCAUCAUCUCAUCCCUUCGCUUCCUCACCGACGACAUGGGCAACCGCCGCGGCACUGCCAUGGUCCGUCUCCAGAGCCGUGCCCAGGCCGAGGAGGCCAUUCGUAACGUCAUCAUGCCUGGCUGCACCAAGCCUCUCCAGGUCCGCAUUGCCGACUCAGAGAAGAUCUUCAAGAAGGGCAGUCUGUCAAGCAGUCGCCCCAGCAUCCCCAACAUGCGCCGCGGCAGCUCUGGGGGGAGCCUGCCGCCAUCGUUCAUCCCCCGCACAUCGCCCACCAGUCUGCCCUACACGCAGCUCGACGACGAGACUCUUCUCGAGCACAUUGUGAUUACCCUGCCUCGUACGCCUGUUCCUGGCGUGUUCGACACCCCGCCUCGCCGCGCUGCCAACGAUGACCUGAACGGUUACUCCCCCUCUGCGUUCGACAACUCGUCCACGCUGCCCAAGUACGUCCCUCCCCCCGCCAGGUGGAGGCAUCCCAUGGCUGUGGGCAUCCCCUCGCCCCACGACGCCAUCUCCAACCCUUCCUCUGCCACAUCUUCUGCCACCUCGCCAUCUUUCAAGGACCACUCGCGCCCCGCUCCGCUUGAGCGCUGGUGA